UAUGUGAUCAUCUCACACCGCUGGCUCCCAGGCGGGUCAGAAAUCGUCUUUUCGGACAUGCCCCAACUCGCGGAGUCAUAUUGUCUCUCUGGCUCCCUACAAGCACCGCCAGGGAAAGAGGAGAGCCUCCGAAAACUGCACGGGGCGUGCGAGACGGUCAAGGGCCUUGCAGGCCAGAAUGUUAAUUACGUUUGGCUCGACACAAUUUGCAUUGACAAGUCCAGCUCAUCUGAGGUCUCUGAGAGCCUCAAUUCUAUGUACAUGUGGUACACAAAAGCAGAACGGUGCCUCGCCUACAUGUCCGACUACCAAGUGGGCUCACCCACUUCGUUCAUCAACAGCGAAUGGUUCGACCGAGGCUGGACGAUGCAGGAGCUAGUAGCGCCGAGCAAGCUCGAGUUUUAUGACGCGAAUUGGAGACGAUUCGGUGACCGAUCCCUAUUCACUAGGGAGCUUGCGCAGAAAACUGGAAUGAGAAGCGGUAUUCUUUCGGGCCAAAUCACGGCAACGCACAUCUACCACGCUAGUAUAUCCCACCGUAUGUCGUGGGCCGCCCGACGGACCAUGACGAGGAAGGAAGACAUUGCAUACUGCUCGAUGGGCGUUUUUGAUGUAAACAUGCCGGUUCUUUACGGCGAGGGCAUGGAUAGCGCUUUUCGGAGGCUUCAAGAGGAGAUCAUAAAAUACUCUAUCGACCACUCGAUCUUUGCAUGGACGAUCAAAGAAGACACAUGUGAUGACAGUGCCAGUCUACAUUCUCGAGACUACGGGCUGCUAGCACCGUCUCCUCAAUGCUUCGCAGAGACCGGGCACUUUGCGCGUGGGCAUGGAAGCGAGCCUUACGUUUUGACGAACAAAGGCUUGGAAAUAAGCCUA